CCUCUCUCUCUCUCUCUCGCUCGCUGUCGUUUUCUGUUUGUGUAAUUUCUCUCAUAGAAUUAGAAUCAGAGAGAGAAAGAUAAAAGNGACAAAAAAGUAGGUAGAAAACUUUCAUAAAUUUUCUUUUUGAUUUUUUCGGCUCUUCUUCUUCUUCUUCUCCAAUAUAGAAGAAGAAGCAUCACCAUAAUCCAACAGCCACCAUCACUUCCAUUUCUUCCAGUUGAAGACUUCGCCUUAAUUCGACGACUUACCGAUCCUCCUCGGAUUUCGGCUCCGGCGAGGUGAUCUCUGCUCGGAGCUGAGCGAUUGGAAUUCUCGCCGGAAUCGGUUCGGGUUUGAAUCGGAGUUGGAGGCAUGAUUUAGAGGUUGGAGAGCGGCGAAGAAGAUGAAGAGGUCUCGCGACGACGGUUAUAUAAGCUCGCAAGUUAAACGCCCUAUGGUUACUUCUCGAGGAGAGCCCUCGGGGCAGCCCCAGAUGAUUACAUCAACAGCUUCACAGAAGCUAACAACGAACGAUGCCUUGUCAUAUCUGAAGGCGGUGAAGGAGAUAUUUGAAAACAACAAGGAGAAAUACGAAGACUUUCUUGAAGUCAUGAAGGACUUCAAAGCUCAAAGAGUUGACACCUCGGGUGUGAUACAGAGGGUGAAGGAUUUAUUUAAAGGGCAUCGAGACCUAAUAUUAGGUUUUAAUACCUUCUUGCCGAAGGGAUAUGAGAUCACUCUCCCUCCGGAGGAUGAACAACCUCCUCAUAAGAAGCCUGUUGAAUUUGAGGAAGCUAUUAGUUUUGUGAACAAGAUUAAGACACGAUUUCAACAUGAUGAUCAUGUUUAUAAAUCCUUUUUGGACAUUCUGAAUAUGUACAGAAAGGAAAACAAGUCCAUCUCAGAAGUUUACCAGGAGGUCUCAGCACUUUUCCAAGACCACCCAGACUUGCUUGGUGAGUUCACUCACUUUUUACCUGAUACAACAGGAACGGCCUCAAUCCAGGUUGCUCCAUCUCAAAGAAACUCGAUGCUUCGUGAUAGGAGCUCUGCCAUGCCCCCUAUGCGGCAAAUGCUUGUUGACAAGAAAGAAAGGCCCGUGGGUUCUUACCCUGAGCAUGAUCUCAGUGUUGACCGCCCUGAUCUGGACCAUGAUAGGGCUUUGAUGAAGGUUGAGAAAGAGCAAAGGAGGCGCAGUGAAAAAGAAAAGGAGAGGAGAGAAGAUAGAGAAAGACGAGACGAUAGGGAUUUUGACCAUGAUGGCAGCAGGGACUUCAACAUGCAGCGUUUUCCACACAAACGAAAAUCUACUCGUAGGGGUGAAGACUUGGCUACUGACCAGUUGCACCAAGGCAUAUAUGGCUCGGAGAGUGCCUUCUGUGAGAAGGUGAAGGAGAAGCUACGAAAUCCUGAUGCUUACCAGGAGUUUUUGAAGUGCCUCCAUAUUUAUAGCAAGGAGAUUAUUACCCGAGCUGAAUUGCAGAAUCUGGUGGGUGAUUUAAUUGGAAAAUAUCCCGAUCUUAUGGAUGGGUUCAAUGAAUUUUUGUCAUGUUGUGAGAAGAAAGAUGGGUUCCUUGCUGGUGUCAUGAGUAAAAAAUCUAUAUGGAAUGAAGGCAAUGUACCAAGACCAGUGAAGGUAGAGGAUAAGGAUAAAGAUCGAGAUCGUGAAAGGGAUGACAUGAUUAAAGAUAGAGAGCGUGAAAACCGAGAAAGGGAUAGACCUGAUAGAAAUGGUGCCUUUGGAAAUAAAGAAAUUGGAGGCCAGAAGAUGUCUAUAUUUUCGAGCAAGGACAAAUAUUUGGCAAAACCUAUUAAUGAGCUUGACCUCUCUAAUUGCGAGCGCUGCACUCCAAGCUAUCGUCUUCUGCCAAAGAAUUAUCCAAUACCUUCUGCUAGCCAAAGAACAGAGCUUGGUUGUGAAGUACUAAAUGAUCAUUGGGUGUCUGUUACUUCUGGAAGCGAGGAUUAUUCUUUUAAACACAUGCGCAAAAACCAGUAUGAAGAGAGCCUGUUUCGGUGUGAAGAUGAUAGGUUUGAAUUAGAUAUGCUGUUAGAGUCUGUGAAUGUAACGACCAAGCGUGUGGAAGAACUAUUAGAAAAGAUCAACAACAACACCAUUAAGACUGAGAGUCCAAUCCAAAUUAAAGAAUACUUCACAGCUCUGAAUCUAAGAUGCGUUGAGCGAUUAUAUGGUGACCACGGGCUUGAUGUGAUGGACGUGUUGAUGAAAAAUGCUUCACUAGCUUUGCCUGUUAUAUUAACGCGCUUGAAGCAAAAGCAAGAAGAGUGGGCAAGGUGUCGCUCUGAUUUUAACAAAGUCUGGGCUGAUAUAUAUGCCAAGAACUAUCACAAGUCACUUGAUCAUCGUAGCUUUUACUUCAAGCAACAGGACUCAAAGAGCUUAAGCACCAAAGCCUUAUUGGCGGAGAUUAAAGAGAUGAGUGAGAAGAAGCGGAAGGAAGAUGAUGUUCUUCUUGCUAUUGCUGCUGGAAAUAGACGACCUCUUAUUCCAAAUUUGGAAUUUGAGUACCCUGAUCUGGACAUCCAUGAAGAUCUUUAUCAACUCAUCAAAUACUCUUGUGGAGAAGUUUGCACAACCGAACAAUUGGACAAAGUUAUGAAGAUAUGGACAACCUUCCUUGAGCCAGUGCUUGGUGUUCCUCCUCGACCUCAGGUUGCAGAGGAUACUGAAGAUGUUGUGAAGCCAAAAUCUCAUGCUGUAAAAGAUGGGGCUGUGAGUGGGGGAGAGAGUGAUGAUAGUCCUGAUGGGGGUGCUAUUACGACAACUUCUAAGCAGGUAAAUACAUCAAGAAACGGAGAUGAAAGUAUUCAACCUGAACAAUCAAGCUCUGCAAGAGCUUGGACAGUAAAUGGAGCUAAUGGGCUCAAAGAAGAAAGUUCUCAUGACAUUGAUCAUGCUACAUGUAAGGGUGAUGCUUUCUGCAAUACCUCUCAACAAGGUAAAGUGCAAAGUAAUGCAUCUACAGCCGAUGAAGUGUCCAGAGUUAGCAAACAGGACAAUUUUAAUGAAAGAUUAGUCAUGUCUAAUGUAUCACUUGCUACUGGCUUGGAGCAAAGUAAUGGACGGACUAAUGUGGACAAAUUAUCAGGCCUUAGCCCUACUCCUUCAAGACCUGGAAACGGCACUCUUGAGGGCGCGGUUGAGUUACCUUCACCAGAGGCUGGUGAUUCUACUAGACCCGUUAUAUCCUCAAAUGGAGCAAUCACAGAAGGCACCAAAGGUCACAGAUAUGUGGAAGAGUCUGUAAGAAACUUUAAGAUUGAAAGAGAAGAAGGUGAAAUAUCUCCAAAUGGAGAUUUUGAGGAGGAUAAUUUUGCAAAUUAUAGAGAAGCCGGUUCAGAGGCUGUUCAAAAACCAAAGGAUUGUGUUUCCAGCAGGCAACUUAAAGGCAGACAUGGGGAAGAAGAAGUAUGUGGUGGAGAUGCAGGUGGUGAAAAUGAGGCUGACGCUGAUGAUGAAGGUGAGGAAAGUGCUCAUAGAUCAUCAGAGGAUAGUGAGAAUGCAUCUGAGAAUGGUGAUGUCUCUGGAAGUGAAUCUGGUGAGGGAGAGGAAUGUUCUCGAGAAGAGCGUGAGGAAGAGGGGGACAAUGAUGAGCAUGAUACCAAGGCCGAGAGUGAAGGUGAAGCUGAAGGGACAGCGGAUGCCCAUGAUGUUGAAGGAGAUGGAACAUCUUUACCGCACUCAGAACGUUUUCUACUUUCUGUGAAGCCUCUUGCAAAACAUGUUCCUCCAGCUUUACUUGACAAGGACAAGGACUCUAGGAUUUUCUAUGGAAAUGAUUCUUUCUAUGUACUUUUUAGGCUUCACCAAACACUAUAUGAGAGAAUACAAUCAGCAAAGAUUAACUCGUCAUCAGCGGAGAAAAAGUGGCGGGCAUCAAAUGAAACAAGCACAACUGAUUCGUAUGCUAGUUUCAUGAAUGCACUUUACAAUUUACUCGACGGUUCUUCUGAUAAUACAAAAUUUGAGGAUGAUUGUCGAGCUAUCAUUGGGACUCAGUCGUAUCUUCUUUUCACAUUAGACAAGCUGAUCUACAAGCUUGUUAAACAGCUCCAAACAGUCGCUGGGGAUGAGAUGGAUAAUAAACUUGUCCAACUAUAUGCGUUUGAGAAUUCGAGAAAACCAGGAAGAUUCGUGGAUGUAGUUUAUCACGAAAAUGCUCGUGUUCUUCUUCACGAUGAGAACAUUUAUCGCAUAGAAUGUUUCUCUUCACCAACCCGGGUGUCUAUUCAGCUUAUGGAUUAUGGGAAUGAUAAGCCUGAAAUGACUGCUGUUUCCAUGGACCCUAAUUUUUCUGCUUAUUUGCACAAUGAUUUUCUCACCGUUCUUCCUGACAAAAGAGAGAAGUCUGGCAUCUUUUUGAAGAGGAACAAACGCAAAUAUGCGAGUAGUGAUGAUUUGUCUGCUAUUUGUCAGGCCAUGGAAGGACUUAAAGUCGCCAAUGGUCUGGAGUGUAAAAUAGCUUGUCAUUCAUCCAAGGUAUCAUAUGUUUUGGAUACAGAAGACUUUUUGUUUCGAACAAAAAGGAGAAGAAAAACUUCGAACACUUCCUGCCAUAACCAGGCUAGGUCUUCUAGUGGUUCAAGUAGAGUUGAGCGGUUUCACCGUUUGCUCUCUGGCUCAUGAUAUGCCUUCUUUUGACCAUCAAGUAUAUAUGUAGCAAUUUGAACGCAUUGUAUGCGCACCAGUGCCGGAGAUUUGGAAAAAAUUGAGGCGCUGAGCGAAAUAGCUCUUGUGGAAUUACUUUGUAUUCUCAUAUUUUCCGCCUCUCCAACCAAAUAAAGAAAUGAGGAGAGAGGGAGAUAUGGCUCGAAAGUAGUAUAUACUUUGAGUUGGCACUUUGAGCCGCUUUCUUGUAAAUAGAGGUAAUUUGUGUUGUACACUUCAGAUGCUCAUUUAAUUCAUCAAUUUUUUGGGUUAAUUAAUCUUAUUUAUAUAGUUCUUAUGCAUUUUACAUUUCUUGUAUGUAUCGCUCAUCAAAAUGGCCUGCCUUGAAAAGAUCGUUCAUCCCCUAUUAUGGACCUCAUUUGUUAAAACUUAUUUUCUUUUUUUUGAAAAAAAAUCCAAUUAUUCAUUGUUUUUUUGCUCUUGUAGAUAUGGUAUUGCAGUGCAUACCGUUUGCAAAUUGAUAUCCUUUUGUUAAAUAU